CUGAAUCUUCAUUUCGAGCUAUUAUUGCUCACGUUCUAGUGCCCAAACGUUAGGAUAGUUCUGGUAAGCAUCGAGGACGCUGUUCACGAGUAACGGCGCGCGCGCAACCGUUCACUUCAUUAUUGAAACAGCCGCCUCCUGAUCAGUCACCACGGAACAGCAUCCAGGAUAUGAGCAGUCAGAAUCAAGAAAAGCAUUACUUCACGGACGAGUACCCCGACAAUGACUAUCAGUGCACGACCGAGUCUUCUCACCCGCAGACUCCGCUAUGGCCGGCCUACCUGCCAGUGAAUCAAGACCGGAUUGUCGUCUUUGAGCGUAGUAAGAAUGCACAGCUCGUCGUGUACUCUGCCAACUUCCGCGAUAAGAAGCGCCGUGAGCUGGACCCAAAGUGGCCGCUGGACAUCAACUGGCAGAGCUUCGGCUGGACAGCCCACCCCACGAGUAACCCCACUGGGAUGAUCGAGCGGAAACUGGCGUGGGGGUACUCGCACAAGGUGGUCAAACCAGAAGGUCCAGUUGCCGUCGAAGCAGUCGGUACCAGCUACACAGUUACACUGAAUGCGCUGCCCAGUCGUCCAUCACUACUCUACGUUGACGCUAAAGGACGAGUUAUCUUGCAAACCACAAUCAAUGGUGCUCCGUCGCGUCUCUGGAAGAUCUUCGUGAAAACCAUCAACAGUGUUGCCUUCAUCCCCAAGGUACUGUACGUAGAUCUCUACGGGACGCACGUCGACGACGACCACGCCACCUACGAGCGCAUCAACGUCUCGUCCUAACUUAGUAGUAAGCCGGCUUACUUUUGAAUAGAAAUACACAUUCCU